GGAAACGGCGUCGCUUAAAGACACAGGAGCCAACUAGCAGGCUGGCAGCGGAAGAAGCUUGGAAAACAGCUGCGAGCACUAAAGAAGACCCACACACAUGACGGGACGCCCGAGAAAGAAAAGCACUCUGAACACACUUACGGCGGUCAUUUUGUGGUAUUUCCCGUCGAUGUGUUUGGCCUGUCGGGCUGUCGAACCUACCUGGGAUCGACAGAACAGAAAACGGAUAUUUUUCCUCCCGAAGUGCUCCUAUUUCGGGCACACCCGUUGGCUUUCUGGAUACUACAGUGGAUGCUAGUUCCUGAGAAGACCUGUGUGCUUCCCACUGUGGUGAGUGGCGGACACAGGCAGAGGAAAGACUGCCAGCACGGGACGGGACAAGGCGACCUGACCCCGGCAGACGCCUCGGCCAGGCCGGACCAAACCGAGGAAGAAGUUUCGGUGUCGAGGGGAUUGUGGGUGUGAUGACCCUGUCAUGAUGAUGCCAUUAUUCUGCAAGCCCCGCCCAGGCGACGAGGGUGGGUGUUUGUGGCUGGCAGCCAAUCACAGAUGGAGUCCCACUAGAGUCACCUGUGGUUCCUCUACAGAAGAACCUUUUACCAAGAGCCUGCCACAGCACUGACCAGGCUCACUGGCCCCGAUUAGACAAGUACAGGCACUAAGGUGCUUGGCCACUCAUCGUCUUGCUUAAGCCGCAUGGCAGCCCCACACCAGGAACUUUAGUUCUUCACACCCGUCUCCGCCCUUUGGCGUCGAACACACAGUACUCUGGUCCUCCAGCAGAGCAAACAUGCGGCACAUUCACGUGGAGCUGUCCCACAAGAAGGCUCCACUGGAGCUUCCUGCCCACGAAGGCGAUCUGCCUCCCCCCACGGCACCCGCACAGGGCCUGGACCCGGGGGUUCAACCAGGGGCCGCCAGGCACUUUGACCAGGAGGACUUGCGCCAUCAAAAGGUCUACCAGCUCUCCAUUUUCUCUCAGCUGGGCGGGUUUUCGACAACCACGGAUGCCCACGGCGAUGCUCAACAGAGGCCUGUUCGCUUGGGUGUGAAACGGGGGCUGGAGGAGCCCCAGUUGACUCACAAGCGCCCCCUUGUGGCAGACUGUUCUGACAUAGAAGUAUUCCAGGGGGGAGUGUUGUGUGGGCCAGCGGUGGGGGUGGGCUUAGUCAAGGGCUCUGGUGGGUCUGGUUCUCUGUAUUCUUGCACACAAAUGGAGCACAGAGACUCUGAGGAGGGGGCACUGCCCAGAUCUCCCCCCCUCUCCCCAAACCACAACCCCUCCCGGCGUCCAGCUCAGCACAAUCACGACAGGCCCGUCCCCCUCUCGCAAAAAUCCCCUCCAAUGUGUGACCCUCACGGGCACCACUGUGACCAGGCGUAUUCUCUCGGAAGCUCAGUCAAAGCCGACGCCCCCAACGGGGCCCGCACACCCACCUACUCGCUCGGGAGUCCCGGGAGUGAGAGUUGUAGCAAUGGCCCAACCGGAGGACAGCCCAGCCCGCACUUAUACGACAUGGCCACCUACGAGACCCCAAGUCCUGCCAGCCCCACGAGCCCGCCUGGGCCCUUCUCCCCCCCGCACCACACGGAACUCCAAGAACCGGGAGAGGCCACGGAGUGGGACGUCGGACUGGAAUCCUCUCCCCCGGAGCGGAGCGCAACCCAGGCUGCCUCCUCCUCCCACAACGGACUGUCUUCCUGGGAGAAGACUCCCAGCAACAGCGGCCACCGGCUAUUCUCUGCGGGCCCCUGGCCGGCCAAGAAGAGGUUACUGUCACCCAGCGAAGCCGUGGAGUCCUGCUCGGAGGACGAGGGACCUUCCACUUCCAAGAGGAGCAGGCUGUCGCUGCUGGCCCCCGGACUGGGACCAGCUUCAUGUCGCAGCACAGAUGCCAAAGCUGCGCCAUACUGGAACCACCUUCUCCCUUCGGCGAGGGACCGCCCUAAGUGUGCCACAGACUGCACCAGGUCAGGAAGGCGACUAAAGAGCGCCGCACGUCUAAAAAGGCAGCUGCGCAGUGGCAGACAUGCUGAGUGCAAGACUUCGGCCCACUCCAGAUGGCCUUCCUCUUCCAUCAGCAGGUCACUUUUAGGCAACUUUGAGGAGUCGAUGCUGAAGGGCCGCUUCUCACCAUCGGGCUGCAUCGAGGGCUUCACAGCGGAGAUCGGGGCCAGUGGCUCUUACUGCCCGCAGCACGUGACUUUACCCGUACAGGUUACAUACUACGACAUAUCCGAGCACAGCGCGCCCUCACCCUUCCUGGGUGUGAUCUCCCUGGAGCAUCUUGGCAAGAAAGGCUACAACAUACCCAAAGCAGGGACCAUUCAAGUGACCUUAUUCAACCCCAACAAAACUGUGGUGAAGAUGUUCCUGGUGACGUACAACCUGGACGACAUGCCCACCAAUCACAUGACCUUCCUGCGCCAUCGCAUCUUCCUGAUGCCCGUGGGGGAGGGGAAGGAGGAGGAGGAGAAGAAACAUGGGCUUCUAGAGAGCAGGAAGAUCCUCUGCUACCUGAUACAUCUCAGAUUCCACAGCUCCAAAUCUGGGAAGAUCUACUUGCACAACGACAUCCGGCUGCUAUUCUCCCGCAAACCCGUGGAAGUGGACACGGGGAUCCCUUACGAGCUGAAGUCCUUCACCGAGGUGCCAAGUAACCCCAAGUACUCUCCACGUGUGUGACAAGCCACGCCCCCCAAAGAGCUCCCUGAACACCUUGUGCUUCCUGGAAGAGGAGGGACCGCCACAAAGACUUGAUGAGGAGACGCCUAGCGCCUAUGAAGACACUUUGGUGUGUAUAAAGGAACACACACUUUCUUGUAGUUCUUACCUUCUUGGGACCUACGAAAAAUGCCUCCCUCUUUAGAACCACUCUUUGUAGAUGUAUAAAGAUUUGUAUUUACAACAUUAAUAAUAUAUCCAUACUAUGCAAAUAUAAAAAAGGUAAGAUUUUAUUUUUUUUUCCUGUUUGUAAUUUUUUAAAAUCUUAAUAUAUUGAUUUUUUUUUUAAUCGAUUUUGGCCAAAGGGGGCGCAUUUAAAUUUCUUACACACACUUGGUAUUUCAUAUGUUGGCCAGAGGGGAGCUCUUUUAAAACCGACACAGUCAAUUUGAAAAAUUCCUUUUUUUUUGGGACCACCCUCAUUUUGAUAGUUUUUCACCUCCAAGACUUCCUUUUUGGGUCCCCAAGAAGGGUAAAAAUACAAGAACACACACUUACACACACACACUUGACUGAAGGAGUCUCCUGCACAGACACAACAUGGCGACUCCUACUUUUAACUUGCAUGCCUUGUGACUUCAACAGUUUUUCCUCCAGUGCCGUAUCACACUGUCCUUCACUCUGCCUGCACAUGCCACACAAACAUAACUAUAAAUGAUAAUAAUAAUAAUAACUCAAAUUCCAGUCGGCCAUUCUCAACCUAAUGUAAACACUCCAGUAGUCUGCUACCAUGUGACACCACGAUGCAACAUCCACUUCCUGUUAUAUAGCCAGACUGAGGGACACUGUGCUAUUUUUUCUUUAAAAAACAAAAAAAAUUCAAAUAAAAAAAAGAUUUUAUAUUUUUAGUUUCUGUUCAGAACAGAACAAUGAAUGACAGAAAGAAAAAAGAAAAAAAAACCCAGUAGUAUUUUUAAUUUAUUGAACAUUUUUUCGCAAAUGUCUUAAAAAGCAAUAUGCUGCACAAAGUAAGUAGUGUGUAUUUUUUUUCUGCCUGACGACCUUUUCUCUCCUGACUUGAGAGGGGGAGGGGGAAUGG